UACAAACCAAACGUCAGCUAAAAUGCCGAACUUGAUAUAAAUUGUAAACACAUUUCACAACAAUUAGUAUUUUAAUUUUGUUUUAAACAUUUCUUAGUUACAAAAUGAUUGCCCGACCAACUUUAAACAGAAUACCCGGAAAAGCGCCCGCUUUAAAAUCUGAUCAUUACAUUCAAGAUCUCACAAAACUUGAUCGAAUGCAACUUGUGGAAAUAAAAGCCCGCGAAGAGAAGUUAAUUUCUAGAAUACCUAAUUUAAACAUACUUCCCGAUAAAGGACAACGUAUAAAAGAUUUUUUACAAAAAGUUUGCAAGGAACUAGAAAGGCGGUCCGACAUAAACGAUGCAGCAGAAAAGUUCUCCGAAAUGAACAUCACAGCCAAAGGUGAGGAAAAACUCAUCAACAUGGAAUGGAAUGGCAAUCUUAAUGGUGAUCCAAUUCUGGACGUGAUUGAUAGUGACGAUGAAGCUGAAUUGGAUCCAUUGAGAAUUAUAGCUCAACGUACAAUGCACGAAAAGAAAGUCGUAAAUAUUCCACCCGAAGAGUCUUUAAUCACACCAGAAGAUAUUGAAGAAAUCAAUUCUUUUACGAAUGAAAAACUAGAUUCGGUAGUCGAUGCAAAAAUAGUGAACAUAGAUGUCAAUGAAAAACUUGAAAAGUUAAAACCUCUUUUAAGCCAAAAUCGUGAGAACAAAUUACAUUCACAAGACCUGCAGAAAGAUGCACAUUUAGAGUAUUUGGUGGAAAAAGGAGUUGAUCGUCCAGCAAUCAAAGAAAAGUUUAAACCAUACCAAACUACAAUUUCGAAUGUUCAUGAUCCAGAAAAGGAAAAGCUUCGAAAAAAAGGUAAAAACUGGGAAAACACCGCUGCAACACCUCCUUUGAUCCAACAUGGUGCUACUAAGAUGUUGUCGUUAACUGAUUCAGUCGAAAUACAGAAGGCAUAUUUGGAAAAGCUAAAGGCACUCCAAGAGAAACAAGCUGCCGAACGAUUAGCAGCAAAAAUACAACGAGCAGCAAACAAUAAAAUUGAAAUACCGAGUGAAGCUGUCCGUAAAGAUAAUCCAAUAUUUAAUACCUACAGAGAUCCAAAGGUUCAACAAAUAAAUAUUGAAGGCGUGCAAAAAAUUGAUGAAAAUGAUGAAGUGGAAGAUCUAGAUGAUGAAAAAUCAGGAGGAGUUGUGUACACCGUUUUUGAAUAAAGAGUUAAAAUUGUCAAAGAAGUGCACAAGCCUUAUACGUACCUUCAGAGUAACUUUCUAAAAGUAAAAUGUAAAUAAUUCAUAGUUUUAAUAAAUGUAGACAUUUAAACAAUUAAAAUAAAGAUAAAACAA